ACUCUUGUGAGGUACAAACUCCUCUGCGCACUCCGCGGCGCUUCAGACGCGUCCGCGACUGCGCGCACGAGUUUCAAGUUGAUCAGUAACUCCGAGCUCCGCUUCCACAAACAUUUGGUUUCGGUACAAUGCUGGGGGAUCAUUGAUCGUCGCUAUCGCCCCCAAAAGAGGGUUGUUUUCCAGCCGGCGCAGGUACAAUGACCGCAUACCGCAGCGGAUCGACUGAUUAGGGGUGACAUAAGUUAUCUACCGGCCUGCAGUGUUUGCCCUGUGACCCGCAGUUUUGGACACGCACAGAGAAGAAGACUCAAUAAAAACCAUGGAUAUUGGUAAUGAUGUAGAUUUGUCCAAUAAUAACAUCAUGCCUUUGUGGAGACGACGCACGGACAACAGUAAAAGCUCCCGGGACUUGGGCAAAUCCAAAACGCGACCCCUGAGUUAUCACUGUAAUGGGGUCAUGACCACGGACUUUCCUGUGGAGGACAGCAGAGGUCCCUUCACCUUGAGGCAGCCUGCUGAGAGACUGUUGGUCACGCCUGCGUGUACUGACACAAAGACUGUGGUGCUUAAGCACGUCCUAAACAAACCCUCAAGGAAGACCCGAGUUGUUCGAAGCAUCAGCAUUGGGCAGUUCUCCAACGGACGCUUCUCUCUGUCCAAAUUUAGAUCCGAUGAUAACAGAUCCGCUUCACUGGACAAUAGGGUGUGUAAUGGAGACAGGAGAAAAACUGCCAAUGGACAAACCGUAUGGUCUGAAAAGUGCCUCGAGGACAACCAGGCACGCAGUCAGACCAGUUUGAACUCACGGAAAGACCAGAUACCUUUUGGGACGGAUUCACCUUCUCCUGAAGCUUUUCAUCCAAAAUCCUCCUCUCCUGUCCAGGCUCCACUCACUCCUAACAACAACCACUAUGAAAUUUCAUCCCUUUCAUCCAUGUCCAGCUCGUCUCCUCCGAGCUGUCGCACCCUCACUCCUUCCCACAGCUCCACCUCCAGCAUCCCCUCGCUCUCUUCCUUGACCUCCUCAGACCCCCCGACCCCACGCUCCCCGUCGCCGGCGGACAGGGCGCAGCCACCAGCCCGACAGUCUCAGCCGCCCUCGCCCGCAUCCUCACAGGGACCCAGACAUGCAUCUUCAUCUUCUUCCAUGUCCUCCACCUCACCCUCGCCAUCACUUUCCCCGUCUCUCUCUCCUUCUCAGUCCAUUGUUCUCAGCACGAACAGCCCCGCUGCCAUGAAAAUGGGCACCCAGCAGCUUAUUCCCAAGGGUUUAGCGUCUGAUAUUCGGCAGUGCAAGGCAGCUCCCGCUGGAACGCAAAGCCAAGGUUUGGCAGGACUGCUGGGGUUGGAUCAUUCAAAGAGGGCGUUGAAAGCCCUCAGCAUGGUGGAAACUGGGACUUACUUUUCUACGGGAGGGGGCCGCGGCGAGGGGGCAGAAACUGAGAGCCCGGGGACACUAAGGAGAGGCUUGAGGAGUACGUCCUAUAGGAGAGCAGUUGUUAGUGGAGUAGGUAUGGAGGCAGAUCCCAAGCCUCAACUGUUGAGCCAGCCUGUUGCCAAGGGACUAGAAAUAAAUGGUAUGGCUUCACCAGUUAGCCCAACAGGUUCUGGCUCUGCUAGCCCCAGAACUGCCAAGCCUAAGAGCCCAGAGACAACCAAACCUGUGAGCCUUAGGACUUUGAGGAUAAAGAGCCCAGAGACAACCAAACCUGCGAGCCCUACGCCUUUGAAGUCUAAGAGGCCCGGAACGGAAAAGGCUAAACUCAAUGGGAAAAACAAGAGUCCGGAUAAGAAGAGAGGUUUGGUCAGUCAGCGGACCUUUGACAGUGAAGAAGAGGAGCUGUACCAGAACUACCAGGAGAAGGCCUUGCAUAACGAUUCAGAUGAGGAUGCCGAUGCCAGAGGAGCCAAACCUGACAGCGGCAUUGUGGUGCAGUAUCGACCCAUACGUACCUCCUGGAGCCAGCUCACCGUGGUGAAGAAAAGCGGCCUGUCCGACCAGAUGACUCAAGAGGAACGCAAAAGACAAGAGGCUAUCUUUGAGGUGAUCUCGUCGGAGCACUCCUACCUCCACAGCCUGGAGAUCCUGAUCCGCAUGUUCAAGGACUCGGCGGAGCUCAGCGAGGCCAUGACCAAGACCGAACACCACCACCUCUUCUCCAACAUCACAGACGUCUACGAGGCCAGCCAAAAGUUCUUCAAGGAACUGGAGGAAAGACACCAGCAGAGCAUAGUGAUCGACGGCAUCAGCGACAUCGUCUCCAAGCACGCCCAGUCCAACUUUGACCCUUACAUCACAUACUGCUCCAAUGAGGUCUACCAGCAGAGAACCCUGCAGAGGCUGGUGUCCAAGAAUCCAGCUUUCAAGGAGGUGCUGACCAGGAUAGAGGGCCACCCUGACUGCCGGAAUCUCCCCAUGAUCUCUUUCCUCAUCCUGCCCAUGCAGAGGAUCACUCGCCUGCCCCUCCUCAUUGAUACAAUUUGUCAGAAGAUGCCCAAAGACUCGGGACAGUAUGAAGAGUGUAAGAAGGCUUUGCAGGCGGUCAGCAAGGUUGUAAGAAAGUGUAAUGAAGGCGCUCGCACCAUGGAGAGGACAGAAAUGAUGUACACCAUCAACUCUCAGCUGGAGUUCAAGAUCAAGGCUUUCCCCCUGGUCUCAUCCUCCAGGUGGAUGGUAAAGCGAGGGGAGCUGACCGCGUUCACGGAGGAUAACGGCAUCUUCAUCAAGCGGACGACACGGCAGCUGGUCUACUUCUUCCUGUUUAACGACGUCCUCAUCGUCACUAAGAAGAAGAGCGAGGAGAGCUACACGGUGAUUGACUACGCUCUGAGGGAUCAGAUCUGGGUGGGACCCAGUCAGCCCGAGGACCUCACCCUGUCGCCCAUCAGAAGCACCGCCGGCAUGCUGAGCUCCCGGCAAGCCGGCGCCAACCACCUCUUCCGUCUGAGUUUCCGUAGCAACCACUCUGGUGGAAAGGUGCACAUGAUCCUCGGGACGGAGUUGCUGAACGAGCGCGCCCGAUGGAUCACUGCUCUGGACCAGAACAUCAACAAUAAGAAGAAUCAGGACAGAACCAAUGUCAUGCAGGUGGAGGUGAUCAGAACGUACACGGCCAAGCAGCCGGAUGAGUUGUCUCUGCAGGUGGCUGAUGUGGUGCUGGUCUCGCAGACUGUGGAAGACGGUUGGUACGAGGGCGAGCGGCUGCGCGACGGGGAGAGGGGCUGGUUCCUGACGGAGUGCGCCGAGCCGAUCACAUGCCAGGCCACCAUCGAGCGCAACAUGCAGAGGAUGGACCGCCUGCAAGGCCUGGAGACCAACGUGUGACGGGACGCCGAGCCGGCUUCUUCUCAGCCGACGGCGGCCCUUCCACUCGUCCUUUUUGAAGAAGUCACACGAGCUCAGUGGCGGCGUCGUUGACCCGUCCUCAGAGACCAAACGGACCCGCGACGCGAACCGUGCACCUUCGGGAUGUUUACAGCGGGAUACAAACGGAGCCAUAACAUGCGGACGUCUUGCCCGGCGUCCGCUAAAUGUCACGACGCAGGGUCCGAGUUUCAAAGACAAGACGGUUGAGAACAAACCCAGCGGAGCAGCAGAGAUUCCCCUAAUUACUGAACGCUCCUUGUGUGGGUGGCACGGCUUGACAGUGGGCUCUGUCACAUUGAUUCAUUCCCCGGCUGGUUAGAAACUUCACACCCACAGCCAAAGUCACCGCUUUCAACACCCGGCUGCAUGUUGGUGUGAUAUUUGUUAAAAAAAAAAAAAAAUGUUUCAAGCAUAUUCUUUGUAAGCAAUGUGCAAAGUAAUAAGCGAGCGCAGUCCCGUCGCCGUAGGAGGCAAAGUAGACCGAAUAGUGUGAAACCGACGGCAGCUCUGUUAAUGAACCCCCCGGCCAUGUGAUCAGAAGCUUUGCCAUUAUCAACUUAACCGCGGAGAUCUUGAUUGGGGGAAGCGAUAAUAAGGCACGAGGGUGGGAUUCGUCAGCUUCUUCGCGGCGCGUGGGUUAGUGCGGAAACUAUACCGCGCGCGUUUCAGCUGCAUCUGCACGACCGCAAUCAAGCUGGAGGUGUUAAACGUCAACAGAGGGGGGUUAAUAUCAAAAAAAAAAAAAAAGAAAAGAAAACAUGAUUGCCACUUGUCUGAAAGUGGAGGCGCCUUUUUAAACAGUCGUAAUUAAUCGGACAAUGUGGGAGGUUUGAUCUCACGCGUCAUCCACGGGUUUCGGGAGAAGUAUCCGUUUUCUACCUUUGCCGUUCGUCACCGGUUAAUGUCGCCGCCAUGAAUCAGACUCUGCAUUUGUGUCACAAAUGCCACUAUCCUCUCCAUCCACUCAAUGAUUCGGACAGCCUGAAAUAUCGCACACACUCCACAUGCCAGCCAGCCAGCCAGAGGAGCGGGCGUAUAAAUAAUUCCUCUUGAGAUUUAUAUAUCUGUGAUGUUUCAGAAGCUUUCUAAAAUUAAUUUGUGCGCGCUGAUGAUGACGCCGAUGACGACGGCAAGACCGGAAGAGACGAGCCGGCCCCGCCUGGGCCCUCUGCUUUUAAUGUGAUUGUCCGGCGUGACUCAUCUUUUUUACUGUUGCUCACGCUGAAGGAAACGAAUGGCUGGGUCAGAGUGUGAUGGUGACACCAUCUAUCAAGCCUAAUGCUACGGGUCCAGCCCAAAGGACAACCACGCCACGGAGUGAGCACCCAGACUCUCCAGAGUCAACAGCUUUGCACUCAGGGAAAAGUAGCUAUUCGAUGCCACGCUUUUUAAAUAAGCGCGAGCCGAUCGUGCUUCAAACCGUUUCCUCUCCUUGUAACUAUUGUAAAUCAUCUCAGUUCAUGUAAAUAAUGUAAAACGGCCUAAACUGUGACGUGUAUGUAUUCGUAAAUACAGAUUUAUAUUGAAGAAGCUUGCCUUUUCACCCUUAUAUAUUUGAAUCACUGAUGAUAAUAAAAAAUAAAAGCUGAA